GAUGGCGGCGGGGUGGCUGUGGCGGCGGCUCUGUCAGGGAUCAACUUUUCCUGUCAGUUAUGCAAGCAGAAUUAUGCAAAAGCAGUAUUUUCUUCCAAGCUCCAACUUGAUGGGAGCACGGCUGGCUGGAUCCCAUGUUGCUACGCAGGAGCCUAAGAUCAAUCCUUUGGUAUCUAUUUCAGAUGAGCCAGAAACACUGUACAAGAGAUUGUCCCUUUUAGUUAAGGGUCACGAUAAAGCUGUGUUGGACAGCUAUGAAUAUUUUGCAGUGCUUGCAGCUAAAGAACUUGGCAUCUCAGUUGAAAAAGUAGAUAAACCUCCAAAGACAAUAGAACGAUUUACACUUCUCAAAUCUGUACAUAUUUACAAGAAGCACAGAGUUCAGUAUGAAAUGAGAACACAUUACCUGUGUUUGGAGUUGAAAUACCUAACAGGCAGUACUGCUGCAGUUUACUUGGAGUAUGUGCAACGAAACUUACCUGAAGGGGUUGCCAUGGAAGUAAAAAAGACUAAGAUAGAGAGAAUACCUGAACACAUUAAGAAACCAGUUUGGGAUACACUACCUCAAGUGGAAGAAGCUGAAGUCAAGUCAUGAACACACCAGGAAUGCGGAGGUUUCCAACUGCUCACUGCCCUAGCAGCUGCACCCAGGUUCAGUCCCCAAAGAGCUCCUGAGCUCUCACAGUUCUGCUCUGAACAGAUUCCUGCUCUUCCUGCUGUCUCCCAAUGCCAAAUUGUGGAAGCUGAUAAAAAACCAAUUUUGAAACGUACAAAUAAACUUCCUCCUGACAGAGGUAGGACUGAUUGGCACAAUUUUCCUCUUAGAGAGCAUGGCUGCCAACUCCCCAUAAAAAGCCUGGUAGUUGGAAAUUGUUUAUUUUAGUCAGUGUUGUUACGUAACGUGUUGGCUUUGACAGAGCCUGCUAAGGGAAUUUCUGCUGCUGGGCACAGCCCACUGCCCCUGACAUCUCUUUGCAGUGGGGAACUGGGUAAAGCAGGUCAGUAGAAUGGAUUGGAUUAAGACAAUUUCCUCCACACCGGAGGGGUUUAUCGAAGGGGCAGACAGCAGGAUUAACAACUCCCCAAGGCUUCUGUGUAACUGAAGUGCAGUUAACAUGCUUGCUUGCUUCAGUCAAAUCCAUGGGUGCCCUCAAGUCAAGAUAGACAAAAAGUCAAGAUAGUCAAGAGGCUACAAUCACCAGCUGCUAAACUAUUUUCUCCUAAAAUACUCCCUGCCUCCAUCCUAUUUGGAAUUCCCUUGUUCUCAGUUCUCUUACUCACAAACUCUGUGUGCUUUGCACAUAACAACACCAUUUAUAGCCUCUCCUUAAUAAAGAUCAGAGGAGUUUCUGCUAGAUCAUAUAGAAACGCGGGGAUGUACGGAAUAUAAAGAACUUUAAAGUCAAGAACUGAGUUUGAAUUUAUUUGACACAAUAUAAGGUGGUUUCUGAGGAAGUGUUUAUCUCCAUGCGUGCAAAAGUAUUUUACUUCACCCCUAAGCAGCAUUCAGUAAGAUUCAGCAGUAAAAUGUUAGAAGAUCCAGAAUUUAGUGUGGUUUCACUUGGAGCUUUUGAUUUUACCUUUCAGAAUAAAACAGUCUGAACUUUAA